GGUGUUGUAAAAUCGGACCAGAGCAACUCACCUCAGAACCGUCAGAACGCUCGUCGAACGAAGAGAGCUCAAUGCGCCACGAUUCCGAUUCCGACGACGAUCCUGACUACGUGCCCACAGCAGAGGACACUCUAUCCUCGGACGAUGAACCGGAAGCCAAGCGUGCACGCACCAGCCCGCCACAACCCGCUGAGCAGGACGAAGAUGCGAAGAAGAGAGAACGCGAUGCACUGUGGGCCCAAUUCCAGGCGUCCGUAGCUGCGCCACAGCCGAAGCCAUCGAGCACUCCACCGCGGAUGGUGAAGAUAGAGAGACGAUACCGCUUUGCUGGGGAAGACGUCGUAGAAGUGAAGGAGGUGCCCGAAGACUCGGAUGAAGCGAAGAAGUGGCCCCGAUGGGAGCCUUCUGGAACACAGCGCGAAAGCAACCCUACCAGAUCUAACAGUCGCGAAGGCUCUGCAUUGCUGCCAUCCACAUCCGAUGGUCACAAGAACACUGCAUCUCAACCAUCCAAAUCCGUCGGUCCAGAGGACUCUGCAUCUCCGCCAGUUGAACCUCCAGAAGCUGCCAAGCCAUCUACAGUGGCCAGCGGAUCCUCUUCCGCCGCUCCUAAAGCAACGAUCAAGCGGCCAGGACCGCGCAAGGCGAAGACGACGCUCGCUCCGCUUCCUGGUGCGCAAAAAGCAAAGAAGCUUACGACCUUGGACAAGUCUGCCAUGGACUGGCGAGCACACGUUCAGAAGGAGGAGCUCUUGGGCCUGAAGGACGAGCUCGAAGCAAACAGACGAGGAGGAGGCUACCUCGAAAAAGUCGAGUUCCUACAGAGGGUCGAGGAGCGAAAGGCGGACGCUCUGGACGCUACUAAGAACAAGCGUCGCAGAUCUUAGUGCUUCUGCAUUUCAUACUGGCCCAUAUAUGUUUUUGCUUUCGGGACACAUUGUCGAUUUCGGCAUGAGGGACUGUUUCGGCCAGCCAUUUCUCUCUCAGAGAGUGCGAUAUAUUUAUCACUUCUAUGUUGUACAGACAAGUUGGGUAUUCA